AAAGAGCUGUCACCUCGGAUAUCGGGCCAUCGGCGCAUUCACGACUUGCGAGUUUGAACUUUCCUUCGUCACCAGCAAACCAAUAUUUUCCUACCACCCUCGCAAAAAUUCCAUGUUCUUACGCAUUGAUUGUUGCGGAAGCGUGUGCAUGUGUGCGUCUUAUCCGUGUUGUGUAAAUUAUACAUUUCUCGUCUUGUAGUCUCCCACCGGGUCGAAGGGAAGUUGCUCGAGUGUCUCAACCGAUUCGACGGGCAAACAUCGUUGCCCAGAGGAGCUCGGCGAAAAACAACGAUAAACAAAUUGCAGCCGCACCGUGGCCGUUUGGAAUUGUCAAAACAAACCGAAAAGAGUGUAAUUAGUGGCGGAGCGACAGCAAUAGCGCCGCCGGCAACAAAGGCGACGUCGCCGACCAGUGCAAAGUGAGACGAUGGAAGUGAUAAUUGUGAAUCGCAGUGGGGUUGUAUCGUGAGCAUUUCAGCGAAAUUAGAUAACAAAACAUCAUCCCUGGGCCGAGACAGGAGGGUUGGACAGUCGCCCGGGCGCAGAGGUUGCGGGAAAGUGUCGUUCGUCGGAGUGACAGUGACAACAACAGGACAGGGGACAGUGCGAAAGUCGCACUUCCGUGGGGUCGUAGGCCUGUCAGAGUGUCAGAAAAGUGUUUUGGGAAAACUCCGCUCGCCGAGACUCGGUUGUCCAAGAGUUUCUGGGCUCAGCUGCUUCCUCGGACCACCGCGUAGUGCACCCCGUGAGUCGUGAAAAUUGAUAAGUGGAACGUAUACGCAGCAGCCCCUCGUUAUCAGUGUGCCCUCCAAAUUGUUUGCGCCUACGAUAAAAUCCCCCAGUGCAAGCUGCUCUGGUUGCCGUUGAAUAAUAUGCCAGUCAUUGCUCGCUUGAACAACAAUAAUUGGCAAUUUGUGGAGCGAUACGCAGAUCAGUGUCGUUGCGUCAGAGUCGUUUCGGGCUGAGUGUCGCAAUUUGUAUUGGAGGCAUUGCGACGGUACUCGGUACCGCGCGGUGCAAGUAUGUCGUGGAUGCCCUUUAUUGGGGUCGUCGCGGGUGCUCCCUUGCCGUUUCGCGGCAGCCGUUUAUUGUGAUUUAACGAGACUUUGCUUCGUCGUUUUGGGCCUUUUAUUUCACCCCGUAAUCCGUCAUACAGGAGCAAUCAGAGGAGAAAGAGAUCCGAGUGUCGUUUAUUGUGUUUUCAUUGGAAGUCUGGAGCCUGCUCAGAACCGAGACAGCUGGGACGAUCUAAGGCAGCUCUCAAACCUGCACUCAUUCUCCCGAGCAGGCCAGCGCGCAUAGUAUCCGACCAUUUGCAGAGAGAGCGCAAUCGAUUUUUAGCAAUAACUUCUACAGCUGUUCUUCCGUGUUUGUUUCCAUUGACGAGGUGUCUUUGGAAGUUGUUUUUUAUUGAACAUUUCAUCGCGAAGCGUCCCGAGGACCGUAGAGGCGGCAGAAGCGCAGAAUGGGUGCGAAAGCCAGUACAGCAAACAGCGGACACCAGAGUCCCCGAACACGAACCUUCUCCACCAGUUCGAGUACGGACGUUGUGUCGGCCGGUACGGCCCCCGGCUUCAAUUUGUUGCGUGCUCUGCCCGGCGUGCACGUCCAACAGAACGACAGACAGCGCGCUCGAAGCCUAUCCUCUGUUCCUGACUUGCAGGCGGCCAAUAACAAUAAUAACAGCCAUCAUCAUUCACAUCACGGAAAUCAUGCAAGCGAAGGGAUACCGAUGCAACAAAGUUCCGCUGCGGUGGCCGGCCAAAUGUACGGGGAACAUUCGAUUAUGAUGGGGGCUGAGGACGGAAUCCUAGCUGGUGACGAGAGUAGUCAGGCUGUGGGAAAUGCCGCUGCGGCGGCAGCAGCUGCCAAUGCUGCGGCUGCAGCUGGUGCUCUUGCACUAGGACGAGUCUACACCGCCACAUCAUUGCCUUCUCAUAUAUGGUCUCUUAAUGGUAUAAAAUGUCCCGUAUGCAGUAAAUUCGUAUUACCAGACGACAUAGAAUGUCAUUUAGUUAUGUGCCUAACAAAACCUCGUCUAUCGUACAACGAGGAUGUUUUAACUGACGCCAAGGGUGAAUGUGUAAUAUGCUUAGAAGAAUUAAAUCCUGGUGAUGUUAUAGCUCGAUUGCCAUGCCUAUGUAUUUAUCAUAAAGGAUGUAUAGACAAAUGGUUCGAAGUGAAUCGUUGCUGUCCCGAACAUCCUGGUGACUAGUAGCUCCAUAUAUCGACUAGAACUAUAUAUAUAAAUAUUAAAAUUUAAAGAGAAAAUAACAAUAAAAAUUAUACUUGUUUAUAUAUAUUUAAAGAACGAGAAAUUACCUGCCCUUCUUUUCUAGAUCUUAGGGAGAACUGAGAGUAACACGAAAUUCGAUUGUUGUCAAUGAUUUACUUCAUUAGCAUUGGUUUUAGACGAAAGCGAGCAUCCCCUAUUAGUUUUAAUCGUGAUUCUGAUUACCAUUUUAUUUUUACUUAUCCAAUAUCGAUUUCUUUUUAACGUAAAAGAAGCAUGUUUACGUGAUCUAUUGAAACUUUUAGCCAUUUUAUAUUGAUAUUUGUUACUGGAUUUGUUGUCGCCAGGGAAAAGGGAUAGAUUUUGUUAAGAACCCACGAAAUGAAACAAAACGAAAUAUAAAUCAUUUAAGAUUAAAAAAGAAUGAAAUAAAUCAACAAAACAAAACCCCAUCGAGAUUAUUAAAGCAAAAUGCAAAUUGUAAAAAGUAUGAUGGCCAGAAUUAUUGAUGCAAAUUCGAUUGUUUUCUAUAAGUGAAUUCAAGGUGGAAAUUCAAAGCAUGAAUAAGAGCAAACCGGAAUAAAAUAAAGUAAAUUGAGGUUUAAAGCAAAACAACCAGAAGUAACCUAGACGUAGGCUAAUAUUAUAUUUAAACAAAUAAGUUUUUUGUAAAUGAAUUUUGAUAAUAAAUUAAAGAAAGCAAAUAAAAAUAAAAAAACAAAACAAUUGAGUCAGAUAAGUAACAAUAUAAAAACUAAACUUAAGUGAAAUUGAAUAUACAAUAACAACAAAAACAACUUACAGCUGAUAUACAUUUAACUUUAAACUCGAUUGACGCGUUCAAUUGAAACUUUGGUGAAAAAAAUAGGAAUAUUGUUCGAAAGAUGCAUUCGAUGCUUCGAUUUCUCAUUUGUUCUACUUUUCGAUGAAAAAAAAACCCAACAACUUACGAAGUAACUUUGUACAUUGGACUUGAAAAUAUAACGUCAAUAAGCAUACAAAAUAAACUUAUAUACACCAGGCGCUAACCCCUGCGCACAUGGAAGACAUUGUAGCCGGCCGAAUGCCUCUUUUGUGAUAUAUCAUUCAUCUCAAGUGAAAAUGAGAAGGAGAAGGAGAGCAAAAAAUAUGCGUCGCAAUGAUAAUUUUUGAAAUCGAUAGUGAUAUUAUAUUAUAUUGAUAGAUUAAAAGGAAACAAAGAAAAUACCAUUUGUUUUUUAGUUUGAGUAAGAAGAAGCAAGAAAAAAAAUAUAAACAUUUCUUUCAUUGAAA